AUCUUACUAAAUUAUAGACGCGAGUUAAAGAUUAAACAAGCAAGUCGGAUUUUGAAAAUCGCUUAUACUUAAAUAUUUAGUGCAAUAAUUCAUUUUGAUUUUUUUAUCAUAUGUUCGGACACGAAUCGAGAAAAUAUGGAGUCAUCAAAGUAAAAAAUUAUGCAACUACCCUGUAGAGGAUUUUAAAUUGCGUAUAAAAGGCGACAAAAUAAUAUUUGGGCCCGAAUUUUCUGUUCGUUGAAAUGGCUUGGUAUAUCGGUCUGAUGUCUUUUGUCGCAUAUCUCAGCAUACAGCGCGGACAAGCAAAACAAGUUACAGAGACCUUCAGCGAGAACCGAGGCCCCAAACUCGAGCUUUCCUCCGACCGCACGGAGGCGUGGCGCUACGAGGGCGGCUGCUGGGCGGUCGGGCUGGGGGCCGAGAGGCUCUCCCCGGGGGAGAGGCUCACCUUCAACAUCACCGAGCGCGAGUGCUGCUGGCUGGCCAGUUUGAAUGUUGGCAUCAUAUACCGGGACCCUGACAACAUUCCGCAGGGGGAUUUGGUCAUCUGCGACGAAAACGUCACCAACGCCCUUAAUGAUACCAAGAAAUUCCUUGAAGCAAACAGCGUAGACCCAGAUGAGACGCUGCAUGAUGCGCUGCUUGCAAAGGUGUUCAUCUUCGAGCAAUUCUACUCGCCUGAGAACAUCUACACGUUCUGGAUAGAUGACGCUGGUGUCGCCUAUCUCACACCCAACGUCACGGAAAACGACGUUGUUUUUGACGGCGUUGACGUCAAGAAGCCUUUCUGGCCAAUUUUCAACAUCUUCGGUGAUACAAAGGCUAUUAAACUGAUGGGAAAAACGAUUGGCGACGCAAUUGUGUAUUAAAUUCAUUACAGUUGUUUACACAAUUUGUACAAUUUUGUUUAUAUGUGUGUCUUAGUGGCGUGACUGCUCGGUCACUCUAUGUGUGUUUUUCUUAGAUCAUAUUUAUAAUGAUUUUAUAAUGUUCAUGCAAUUAAAUAAAACGUACUUAGAAUUAAUUAAAGCAUGUUAUAUCUCA